ACUGCAAAAACAUGAAUGUUGCACGUACAAAAACUGGUGUUGAGACUGGCUGCAGCCUGCAGCAGCAGCAGCAGCAGCAGACACACACUCUUGGCUCCCAAUGAGCAGCAGUGGACACCUUCAGACUUACUGGAAGUGUUGUUGUUUUUCCUUGGAGCUUCUGACUCUGCAGAUUCAGAUAGACAAACAGACAUGUUACCAAAGACUCGUCUUGGGAAACGUUCUCCUCUUGGGGCACUGGUAAGCUCCACCUGCCCACCAGCAGGGACACAUAUAGGCCAGGAGAUGGGUGAGACUAGUGUCAUCAUGUCAAUAGCAGCAGGACAACAGGCCAUCAGCAGAGUCAAAGGUCAUCCUGAGCUGAAGGUGUAUUUUCAGCGUGGAGGGGAAUCUUCAAGUGUGAUGGAUCAGGUUGACCUCAUGCAGAGUGAUGUUCCUGUCUGGUCUUCAUCUCAUCCCUCCUCCUCCUCAGUGCCUCCAUCCUGUGGCAGACAUGUCUCCUCCUGCAUCGACGUCCCCAGAAGUCAGAGAAGUCCAGACAAGGUGGACAUGGACGAGCUGAUGGCAGCACUGGUUCUCAGCAGUUUGUCCUGCAGCCCUCUACUGCACAGCCCUGCCCAUCCAGAGCCAACAGCUCCGCCGAUGGACUGUGUACCCGGCGAUCUCUCCGACAGCGGCAGCAGCGGCUACUGGAGCGUCAGCCACGGCAUCAGAAGCCCCGUCCCCUCUCCACCAAUAGCAGAGUCUGACGUCAGCCCAGCUACGCCUCCUGACGAAGGGCUGGACAUGGAGAUGGAGCAGGUGCUGUUUGACGAGCCGGCGCCACGGAAGCGCAGGAACUCAGCGAAGGCAGCAUACAGGUGUCUGUGGCCGAGCUGUGGGAAGGUGCUGACAUCAGUGGUGGGAAUAAAACGUCACAUCCGGACAACUCACCUGUGCCGUGGCAGUGAACACGAGCGCUGUUCCCGCAGUGAGGAGGAUUUUUACUACACGGAGGUUACCCAGUGGGACCAGCAGCAGCAGCAGCAGUCUCCGACUCAUCCUCUCCUCUCCGGGCCUGCCCCCGCCUCACCCACCUACUCCUCCCCCUCCUCACCUCCCAGCCCUCCCCCGCCCUCUCCGCCAUCUCCCUCUCCACCAGCCUGCAGCACCCUGAGUCGCUCCGCCCCCUCUGUCUCCAGCAGCUUCAUGCAGGUCCAAUCAGAGCACUCCUACCAGGCUCCACCUCCGAGUCAUGUGACAGCCUCAAACUCACUUACCAGUCGUUUGAUAGCCCCUCCCACCAACUGCCUCAGACAGGGUUUUGCUUUUCGGGUGCGUUCAGUCAGUGUUGGAGAGCAGUGGCUGCAGCAUCAGAACGCCCCCUCGAGGAGGAUUCGCGGUGAGGCCAAGAAGUGUCGUAAAGUUUACGGCAUCGAGCACAGAGACCAGUGGUGUACGGCCUGCCGCUGGAAGAAAGCCUGCCAACGCUUCCUCGACUGAACGGAAGAAAAACUGGAAAGGAGGAUAAAAAACAAAGAGAAAAAGAUGGACUUGAAAAGACUGUAAACUUCAGCUUCACCUGGUGGAUGUUUUAUACAUUCUUGUAUCUGAAACCAGAAAUAUUUUUUUUGUCAUUUUUAUACUCUUUCUACAUUUGCUAGAAGUGUCUUUUUUAUUUUGAAUGUGUUAAUUGAAUAUAUUUCGUAGAUGUUGUGUCCUGUUGGUGCUUUUUAUGAACAGAUUGGGGCAGCUAUUAUGUGACCUUUGACCUUGAAGCACCCAAGUGAGUUUUUGUGUCCGGCCGACUCUCCCUGGGUAUUCUUAACAAAACCAGCUUCUGCAUCAAGAUCGAUAUGCACUCCAGUUUAUUAGCCAAUUUGUAUGAAUAUUCAGUCACAAUGGAAACACUCAGCUCCAGAUGCAAUUUGUUGUGACCCAGCUUUGGUCUUAACCCUGAGUUUGAGUUCUACAAAGCUGGUCCAGGUUCAGAUAGUGCUGACUAACACUAGCUUUAAUUCAAAUUUACAGAUCAAAACAUAUGAGUCACCAUUUCUACAGGAUCGCAACAAGGACAAAAAUAUAACUGAAACACAGAGUGACUUAACUUUCCUGUGAUCCUGGCUGGAUAUAAAACGGGCUUCCAACAAACAGCAGGUAUUUUGUUGCCAGUAUAAAUAAUAAUAUGAAUAUUAUUCACAUCCAUUUGUCUCUCCUAGUAUUCCUGACAGUACUCAGUGCAGCCCUGGUCAAUUAAAUACUGUACAUCAGUCAACACUUCAGAUGCCCUUACUACAUUAAAGUGUUAUGAAUCAUUUAUUCGAUGUUUAUAUGCUGCUUUAAGGCACUAAACAGGUUGGGAAUCACUGCUGUAGACUGUUGUCUCUAUGGUGCAUUCAAGUGCAACGUCAAGAUGUGGUUUGACUGGUCAGCUUUUCUUGACUCUCAUUUUUGAAGGCGGUUUUGGUGUGUCAGGGCUCUCUGACACUGAACUCUGUUAUGAUUCCCAUUGUGGUUCAUUUCAAAGCCAAUCAUAUUAUCAUAUAAGGUGUCAAAUAUUUCAGCAUCUAAAUAACUAUAUCUAUCAAACGCUUCACUGUAAAUAUCAGCCUCACUUCAGUCUUCCACCUCCCAUCAGCCCUUUCUUCUUUUGAGCUUCAGUUGAGAUGCGAUAUGUUUGGAAGCAGAAGCCAUUUCCACUCAUCUUUGUGGAAACCACAUGCAGUAUUGCUCAAGAGCUCUGUUUAAUUACAAUUAAAAAAUAUACAUGUAUGUUUACACUGAAUGAUAUAUGUUUUUUUUAAUAAUAUCUACUUGGUGUAUAAAUACAGAUAUAUAUCAGGCCAAUUUAUCCAAUAACUACUCUUCCUGAUGCCAUUUUAAAUGUUCAGAUUUCAGAUGUUAAACGUCUCUUUGCAGUAAACUGGGACAAAGAGUCCUCUAUUUAUAUUCUCUUUAUGUCCUGUUUGUUAAUGAUCAAAGGCAGAAAUGUUGGUCAUUGUAAUCAUAUCAUUUUUAAGAUGCACUCUUUUAUACAUGAUGUGAAAUCCUGAUGUUGUUAGAAUAAACUGGAAAAAGCUGA